CCGGGGCCAGCCUCCUGACCCACCCAAGCCAAGCCGGGUGACUACAAGGUUAGCCUACAGAGCGACAGCUACGCAGCAGCCACAAAAACCUGAAACAGUGGACCUGUCGCUCGCUCGGAGACCGGGACGUUUUGGAAACAGCCUUCUGCGGAGGUCUGUGAAUUAGACCAUGCUGAGAGUGCCUACCAGAGACAUAUGACAGGGGACAUGGGAGGAUCAAGAUGGCACGAGAAGGCCACCCAGGAAGGACACAUCUGGGGCUCCAUGAGGAGGACAGCUCUCAUCUUGGGCUCCGGGCUGCUCUUGUCUGUGGCCUUCUGGAACUCGGUCACAUGGCAUCUUCAGACAUUUUGGGGUGCUUCCGGCUACUUUUGGCAGACCCAGUGGGAGAAGCUGCUGUCUACAUUUGAAGGCAACGAGUUAUUCCUGUUCAUUAUAGGUGCUGCCCUCAUGCCUGUGCUGUGCUUCUGGGGUUUCAACGGCCUUCUGCUGCUGGUGGACACAACAGGAAAACCCACCUUCAUCUCCCGCUACCGCAUCCAACUUGGGAAGAAUGAACCUGUAGACCCCGCGAAGCUACGUCAGGCUAUCCACACAGUUUUUUUCAACCAGACCAUGAUCUCUCUGCCCAUGCUGGUCGUCGUCUAUCCUUUCUUCAAGUGGAGGAGAGACCCCUGCUCUCGAGAGCUGCCUACCUUCCACUGGUUCCUUGUGGAGCUGGCCCUUUUCACCCUUGUGGAGGAAAUCUUGUUCUACUACUCACACCGGCUCCUUCACCACCCAAAGUUGUACAAGAUUCACAAGAAACAUCAUGAAUGGACAGCACCCAUUGGUGUGACGUCAAUCUAUGCCCACCCUAUAGAACACGUGGCUUCCAACAUGAUACCAGCUAUGGUGGGUCCUCUAGCAAUGGGCUCCCAUUUGUCCUCUAUCACUGUGUGGUUUUCCCUGGCUCUCAUCAUCACCACCAUCGCCCACUGUGGCUAUCACCUGCCCUUUCUGCCUUCACCUGAGUUCCAUGACUACCACCAUCUCAAGUUCAACCAGUGCUAUGGGGUGCUGGGGGUGCUGGACCACCUACAUGGGACUGACGUCAUGUUUAAGCAGACCAAGGCCUAUGAGAGACAUGUCAUCCUGCUGGGCUUCACCCCACUUUCAGAGAGCAUUCCUGAUCCUCCAAAGAAAAUAGAGAGUCUAGUUGGACCAUCCAGGCUGUUCCCUCACAAGUAGGAUGUGGAGACUGCCUGGGGCCAUGCCACCCUUAACAGCUUGCCUCUUUUGGCCACCAUACUCUAAGGACUGUACCAUUACCACGGAGGGAAGCCAGGCUUCCUGCCUGGACAAGGCUAUCAUGGGAUGUGGGUUUCCCCAAAAGUACUUCUCAUGUCACUUAGGACUAGGAAUUUACUUAGGGAAAAUGAACAAGCUAUUUAGGCUGGAGGCCAGCCAGGAAAGAAAAAAAAUCACAGAGCCUGGGUAAAUUCUCUAGUCCUCUGUUCCAAUCCCCAUACAGCUUCCUUGUGGCCUACAGAAUGGGGUCGUAGUGGCACUGGAGGCUUCCUGGUUACAAACUUUUCUCACAUCCCAAACCAGGGUAUCGUGUCAACACAGGUCAGAUGUGCUGACAUACUAGAUGUGGUUCCUGAUUCCUACCCAAGGAAGCAUGGUUUACUUUCGCCCUCUACAGAUACAAGUCGCUCAGAAGGAACAAUGACAGCCCACUGGAGCUUCUCAACUGACGUGCACUCUAGCUCCUGUGCUUUAGCCUGUGUGCAAACUUGGGCUGAGCUCCAGGAUUGCCCAUCUUGGGGAAGACCCAAGUCAGUUGCUCUCUAAACCCAAAUCACAGUCUUCUCCCCACAACCAUGAGCUUUAGAAAACAUGGACAAAGGGCAGGUCCAUCUUCCCUCAAAUGGUAAAUCAAUAGUGAACAGGCUCAGGGAAUACUAGAGCAGUAGGGUUUCUCCAGUAAAGUUUUGCCAGGCCCCUACUCUGGCAGCGGUUAGGAGCCCCAAGAUCCCAAGAACUUGGCAUCAAAGUUGGCUCUGGAAGGCUGCCACCAUCACCAUUUGUCAAAUUUCAGCACAACCGUGAUGAUCUUAUAUUUUCAGGUCAAGGUCAAUCAAGAAAACUCCUAUUAUAAAGUAAAAUAAGACAGCUGGGUAGUUUGUACUGUAAUACCAGCUGCUCAGAACUUAGGCUCAGUUCAGAGCCAGCCUUUACAACAGAGUGAAACCUGAAGGUCUGAUAGACCAGCUCUUCAGAACCAACUACAGAACAGGGCUUCAUCCCAUGGCACUGAGGUCCACAUAAGGCUGGGCUUGCUGGCAACUGAGUACCUCCUCUGAGUACCACCACCUCUGACCUUGUGCCCUCCUAUUCCUUCAAACACCAACCCAUUCCCCAACCCCAGCAUCAUCGAAAGAUGGCAGCCGAGAAAUGCUCUCUGCAUUAUUAUCAAAAGGGGCAGGACAAGAAGUCAGGAAAUGGACACUGUGAGGUGCUGUCAAGGGUACAUGGCUUGUCCCUGUACGGCCCUAAUAUUGGCAAAUAAUAUUUUAGUAUCUCUGGCAAAGAAGCAUGUAAAUAAAGCCUCCUUUUAACUCUGUA